ACGAGGGAGCAAAACGACGUCGUUAGGAAACUUUGAAAUUGAAAGAGAUAACGCAUAGAUAACGACAAUACAUCAGAAACCAGAAUUGAACCCAACAACAGUUAGAGCAAAGAGUUAUGGCGACGGCGGAUUCCGAUGGUAUUGCACCGCCUCACGAGGAGGAUUCUUCCGACUCCGUUCCCGAUUCUUCCAACGCCAUCGUUCCCACCGCUACUUCCGUUUGUCUAAUCAGUUCCGCCGGUGACUUCGCCCGCGGCGCUUUAAUGGGUUCCGUUUUUGGAUUCGGUACUGGAUUGUACAAAAAGAAAGGUUUUAAAGGAUCCUUUGUAGAAGCAGGAUCUCAAGCAAAGACAUUUGCAAUUUUGGCUGGAGUUCAUAGUUUGGUUGUUUGCAUCUUGAAAAGACUUAGAGGAAAGGAUGAUGUCAUUAACGCUGGAGUAGCUGGAUGCUGCACUGGACUUGCUCUAAGUUUUCCAGGUCCACCACAAGCUCUUCUGCAGAGCUGCCUCACUUUUGGAGCAUUUUCUUUUCUCAUGGAUGGGAUAAACAAACCGCGGCCAGCACUUGCACUUCCCAUGUCCUGGAAAACAAGGGUGCAAUACAAUGCACGACUUCCCACGGUACUCCCCCUUCAAUUCCCUCUUCCAAAUGAAAUGAAAGAAGCUUUCUCCUCUUUCUCAGAGUCACUAAAAAAGCGCAGCAAGGUAGCUUAUCCUACAUCUUGAUAAAACAUCUCAGUAUCAAGACCUCUUGCACCAUGUAGAUAAGAUAUGCACCCUUCUUCGCUUUUAUUUAGGUUCUUUGCAGUUUUCUUUUAUCAGUAUUUCUUUUUGAAGAACUUGAGGUUGAGUAGACAUUGGUGUCCAAGAAAAUGUGUUGUCAACAUGCUAUUUUGUUCCAAUUUAGCAUCUUGGUUGUCCUCUAUCAUGGAUUUUCUUGGCGAAUAGUCGGAACUCGAGAGGAAUAUCUGUAAUGAAUGAUUGAGCUUGAUUAAUUAAUUCACUUACCAUUAGAAAUACA